AGCACAGCAGGUCAAGCUAGGAAGGGAAGCUCAAACUGUGGCCGUGAGUAGCUCAGGGGAUUUUUUUGGAAGCCUGAGAUUGUAGCAGCAAGCUGUGAUGAAGGGAAAAGUCGGGGACCCAUUACCAAGUGAGAGGCCAAGGCAGGAGGGGUAUAUCUGGGGUUCUAUGAAGAGGACAGCCUUUAUUCUGAGCUCUGGUCUGCUUUUGUCUGUGGCUUUUUGGAACUCUGUCACCUGGCAUCUGCAGAAAUUUUGGGGUUCCUCAGGCUACUUCUGGCAAGCCCAGUGGGAGAAGCUACUUUCUACUUUUGCGGGAAACGAGUGGAUCCUCUUCUUUCUAGGUACAAUUCUUGUUCCUAGCAUAUUAUUUUGGAGUUUUAAUGCCCUUCUUCUAGUGGUGGACACAACUGGGAAGCCACAUUUUAUCUCUCGCUACCGAAUUCAAGCUGGCAAGAAUGAUCCUGUAGACCCCGUGAAACUCCGCCAGGCUCUUGUUACAGUUCUCUUCAACCAGUGCAUCAUCUCCGUCCCCAUGCUGGGGCUCUACUAUCCCUUCCUCAAGUGGAGAGAAGAUCCUUGCCGCCCUGAGCUGCCCACUUUUCACUGGUUCCUUCUGGAGCUGUCUAUCUUCGUACUGAUAGAAGAAAUCAUGUUUUACUAUUCACACAGGCUUCUUCAUCAUCCCAUAUUCUAUAAGCGAGUCCAUAAGCAACAUCAUGAGUGGACAGCUCCCAUCGGUGUAGUCUCUCUCUAUGCUCAUCCUAUAGAGCAUGUGGUCUCCAACAUGCUGCCAGCCCUACUAGGUCCCAUGAUAAUGGGUUCUCAUCUGUCUUCCAUUACCACGUGGUUUUCCUUGGCUCUCAUUAUCACCACCAUUUCUCACUGCGGUUACCAUCUGCCUUUUCUGCCUUCACCGGAAUUCCAUGACUACCAUCACCUCAAAUUCAACCAAUGCUACGGAGUGCUGGGAGUGCUUGAUCAUCUUCAUGGAACUGAUACCACAUUCAAGCAAACGAAGGCCUAUGAAAGACAUGUGCUGCUGCUGAGCCUUACUCCUCUUUCUGAGAGCAUCCCUGACCUGCCUAAGAAGAUAAAGUGAGGUGGCAUGGGCCCUGGCCCCCACCCACUGCACCCAGCAAGGGGCUGUCCCUAAUAGACCUAGAAUGUCUCCCUUGACAAACUAGAGCUGAUAAUUCUGCCAAAUGACUUUCUAAUGAGAUAGACAGAUUCUCUGAUGAUUGGCUGAGUGUAACAGAGUGGAGGAAAGGAACAUAGAGAAGCAAGAGAAAGGAGCCAGAGACAGCACCAACCCCAUUCUCUUCCCAAAGCUACAUCUUAGUGAACAUCCUCUAUCAGUUAUAAUAUGAUGGGACCAGGUCUAUCCUGUAGGAGGAGCACUAGAGUCUGGAGUGCUUUUUCUAAAAAGGUGAUGUGCUUGGCUCCCAUUGGUGGGGUUCACUUAUGGAUCCACUGAAGAGUCUAUUAGAGGACUGCAGACCAUAUUAGAUGAGGACUGGUUGAAGGAACAAGGAAUGCUGAGUCCAAGGAGAGAAGAUUUAAAGAUGUCUUAGUUGUAUUUUAAGGGGUGUCAUAUGGAAGAAUGAUUAGAUUAGAUUUGUUGUGCUAGAAUUGGGAGUGGUGGUUGGAAGAUACAGGGAAUCAGGUUCAGGCUUAAUGUAAGGAAAUGUUUCCUAACAAUUAAUGCUAUCCAAAAGUGGAAAGGAGAUAGUGAGUUCCCCAGCCCUAAAGUCUGGAUAACUACUUGAGGAACAAUUCCUGCUUACAUAUGGCCUUGUAGACCUCUUAAGUUCCCUUCAUUUCUGCUUAAAGGCAGAGCUGAGGAGAGAGAAAAGAAGGUAUGCCCCUAAACUUCAAUUUAUGGGGAAACCUUGCUAACUUAAAGAUUGGAUGAAAGAUUUAUUAUAGUCAGAUAUUACAUCAGGGUUAUUCUUAACUGCCAGACAUUGCCAAGGGAAGUCUUUCCAAUGGGGGUAGAAGACAAGAAAGGUGGAAGGGAUGAAAAAGGGAAAGUGAGAUGGCCACCUACCAUCCACCCAAAUUCUUCUUCUCCAGGUUCUAAUAUGCCGAUUUUACCUCUUCUGUAUAGGCCCUGAAUAGACUUAAUCACAGGAACAUGAGAUUUAGAGAAAGGACAUUAGUCCAACCCCAAGUACUUGCCCAAGGACACAGAGGUUAAGUAAAUAGGAAAGCCACUACACCAAGGAUGGAUGCCAAGAGAUGAGGCUCCUGCCAAAAACAACCCAACUUACCCCCAAUUUGCUGGCUAGGAUAUUCUCGUUUAGGAGAAUAAGGCCUCUAGCUCACUUCCUGAGCAGUCAAAACUCUGGCCUAGAGAGCACCCCUUGGGUUCAUGACCAAAGACAGCAAAGAAACUAGAAUAAACUCUAGCACUAAGUCCUGGCUGCCCAGUUGAGUAGAGACCCAAAGAUGUGCUAGUCAUAGUGCCCUGUCAUGGUACUUUUCAGAGUAUCCAAACAUUUUAGUUGUACUCAGUUUCCCCUCAGGGCCUGGAGGCAGUUUUCAUGGAGCACCUAGGACAAGAAGGAAGCAGUUGAAAUUCUAAGCAAGAACCCCUUCCCUGUCACUCCCAACAUAUCAUAGGUCCAAAAGAAUCUUAAAAAGGACCCUGCACCAACCCCUGCAGCUGUUGAAGUGAACUUAACAUCGGAACCAGUUUGACAGCCAGCUCUUUCUCACCCUCUAGCUGGGUUCCUAGCAGGAUGAGCCUACAGAAUAAAGAAUAAGAUUGAGCUGAAAGGGCUUAUAGAGAUGAUUGAGCUCCAUUCCUUCAUUUUACAGAUAAAGACACUGAAGUCCAGAAGAAAUAGCUUGCCCAAAGUCUUUAUUAAGAGUAGUAAUUGGCAGAGCUGGAAUUUAAACCCAGGUUUUGUAACUUCAAAUCUAGGGCUCACUCCACUGUCCCAUGCUGUCUCAAAUUUAUCAAAGUUCAUUCCCUUUACCAUCUUCCCACUCGCAGGACAUGGUGAGUUUCUAUGCUUAUCAUGGCCAAAGAAAGUUCUCUUCAGCUGUCUCUCAAGGAUCCUUUCAAGAAUAUAUCAAAGCACCCCCCACUAAAAGCUGGACCACUUGCAUUUAGUCCCAAGGUACCACUCUGAGUUUGGGGCCUUGUAAUCUAUGCCUGAAAAUAAAAACAUAAUCUAUGCCUUAAAAUAAAAACAGUUUAAAAAAACUUAAUAGUACUUUCAGUUCAAUUCAAGAAUUCAACCAACAUUCAGCACCUGUGUGCAAAAAAAAGUUUACAUUUAAAUAGUGCAUCAAUAUUUACAGAAUGCUUUCCUUCCUCACAACAAAUCUGCAAGUUGCAAUACAAGAAUUAUCCCCACUUUACAAUUGGAGAAACUGAGGCUCAGUGAUAAAAAGUAACUUGCUCAGGAUCACAAAAUGUAAAUGAUUGAAAACUAAAGACUUCAGAUUUUUAAGAUCAGUACAUUUUAAAAUUACACUGACCUUGGUCUUCAAAAUCCAUAAUAAAGGUCAUGAUUGAAGUAUGAGGGAAAGUAUGGGGGUACUCACAGAGAAUUUCCAUCCUCACGCCCCAUUCCAGCUUCUUGGAUUUCUAAGGUAGACCGCAAUAGUGAGAAAAGGAGAGAAGGUGGGUCUUAUGAAGGCUUGCUGUUCCCUCUCUCUACCAUCCCCUACCCCAGGAGAUCUUGGUGUGGAGGUAAUGACCUUUAGAAGGAGUUAGGCUAGCAACUCAUGCCUGCAUGGCUUUAUGAAGUGCAGCCCAGUGAAUUCAAGAGAACAGAGACAGAUGGGGGAAGAGAGCGGGGGAACCAGAAAAGCGCCGUCCUCUCCCUUCUGUCUUCUCCAGACUUUAGGUCCCCAGUGUCAUCUUCUCUAUUAUCAAGGGUUCAGACUGGCAUGGGGAAAAGGGAUAUUCAGGUCACCAACGCCUGCUUCGGUGGUCUCACAACGCGCGCCAUACCAAAGCAUCUCCCAAGCCAUUUUGGCUCGCAGGGGUUUCAAACAACAAUUGGGUCCCUUCCCCCCCCCCCCCCCCCACUGAUUAGUGAUGUCCCACACCCACAGAGCACUCAGCCUCACUCUCUCUAAGAUGGAUAGCAGACUGGCCCAGUUUUAGAUCCCAGGUUAUAAGUUUUCCCCACUGCAGACCCUAGCCCCUAGAUAAGUGGUUGCAUCCACAUUGAUGAAGAAGGUUCAGAAAAGGGAAGGACCUUACUUAAAAAGUCAUAUAUUUAAGAAGUGGCAGAGAUGACUCGGACCCAGAUCUCUCAACUCUACACUCGUGUGUUUUCCCAGUAUGCCACAUAACACAUUGAAUAGGAACUAAAUUUCAAUUGCCACAUAAAUCCUACCACAGGCUAUGCUCCCCAUUUCCAAAAUCUGCCUUCAGUAAAAUCUGAGAGAUGCCUACAAUGUUGUUUCACUCAUAUCAAAGAGAAUGAUCAGGAUAUAAAUCGUAUUCAAUUAAAAUACCUUCAAAGUAAUGUCUUAAAAUAAGUUUUUGAAAAAUUUAUCUGGCAUAAGGAGUAAGGCCCACAGUUAGGGGUAGCCACUGUUCAUGUUAGAAACCAAAGUUCAGAUGUUAUUUUCCCCACAUUUUAAUCCCCUUGUAAACCAGACUAGGAAAGACUGAUAUAGAGCAGGUGUGUUAAACAUCAUGGUGGGGGGGGAGGGAGAGGGGGGACAAUACUUGAGUGUUGCUAGAACCAGAUUAAAAUGUAAUUGGGAGAUGUUUAAAUACAAAAGAACACAGAUGAUAAUUUGUGAUUUUCUAAGUCAACAUGUAUUGGCAAGGAUCCUUACGUAUGUGGCCUGUUUCUAUUUGAGUUGCUGUAAACCAUUAAUGAAAAGCCUUGUCAGCAAAUUAUCCAGCAAUGGGUGGCUCACCUUUUCUUUUUUGUUCCGUGGAUCUCUCUUUGCCCAUCCUGAACCAAGUGUUCUAAACCCUAACUAUAGGAAUCUGGAGAGAGCUGAAACUCUUGAGUCGUUGCACUGAAGUCAGUUCAAGCACUUAGGGCUAAUUACCAAUCGGACAAUACUCUAUGGGCAUAUGCUUGGGAAGGGGCCCUUCCCACUAUCCUGUGCUGGCUCAACAGAGGAUUGAUUGUAGGAGGGACUGGGGGUGGAGUAAGACGAGCCAGAGUCACUUGCUGCGGUAGACGAGGAAGAAGGCAGUCAUGGAGAUUCUGCUUCCAUCCUGUUCUCUUCUACCCCUGAAGAACAAGAAUAAAGACUGAGGACUUUUGCUUA